ACAUCCUGUGACACAGGAAGUAAUGAUGCCGUAAACGGUACACGUGAGUUGCGGAACACGGUUGACAUGAUGGACAUUGUAGAAGAUUCUAAAAAGCAGGAUAAAACGAAGAAAAAGACAUUUAAGAAGCAAAAUAAAAUGAUCUCGAUUCCGCAGGAGGAUGGUGACGAUACCGGUGUUGCGAAAACCGAAGCAGAAAAUGGUAAUACUCCACAAGAAGCAUAUUUCCCACCCACCUUCAGUGUGUCUGAAAUAAAAAAUAAACAAAGAAGACACCUUAUGUUCAUGAAACUCAAGCAAGAGAAACGAAAGCAAAAGAUGGUAUUAAAGAAAAAGAAGAAAAAAGAAAGGGAUGCCCUCGGAGAUAAGGCUCCACCAAAAGAAGUCCCCAAGACAAUAGAAAACCAGAGAGUAUAUGACGAAACAACAGUCGACCCAGAGGAUGAAGAGGUGGCCUUUGACGAAGGAACGGAUGAAUUCUCUGCCUACUUUAACCGUCUGACCAACCCAAAAGUCCUAAUCACCACUUCUGACAGACCUAGAGGGAGAACAGUGAGGUUCUGUGGGCAGCUGGCCACAGUUAUCCCAGAUGCACAUGUGUACUACAGAAGAGGUCUGGCCCUAAAGAAAGUAAUUCCCCAAUGUAUAGCCAGGGGCUUCACAUACCUCAUGGUUAUCAACGAAGAUCGGAAAGUGCCCAAUGGUAUGGUGCUCUGUCACCUUCCUGAUGGACCCACAGCACACUUCAAGGUCAGCAGUGUCCGACUGCGGAAGGAGAUGAAGAGACGGGGGAAGGACCCAACAGAGCACACCCCAGAAGUGAUCCUGAACAACUUCACCACUCGGCUGGGCCACAGCAUCGGACGCUUGUUCGCUGCCCUCUUCCCUCAUGACCCCCAGUUUGUAGGACGGCAGGUGGCCACCUUUCACAACCAGAGAGAUUUCAUAUUCUUCAGAUUUCACAGAUACAUCUUUAAGAAUGAGAAAAGGGUCGGCAUUCAAGAGCUGGGACCCCGCUUCACUUUGAAACUCCGGUCUUUACAAAAAGGCACCUUUGACUCCAAGUUUGGGGAGUACGAAUGGGUUCUCAAGCGACAUGAAAUGGACGCCUGCAGGAGGAGAUUCAACCUUUGAGUUUCUUGAUAUUUCAACAUCUGAACAUUGCAUGUCUAUGCACAGUAACAAACCGGUAUGUGACUCCAAACUGGUUUAAAUUGGACUUAACAUUUGGCCACCUAUUGCCCGGUUGUAGCUAACGGGUCUUUGUUAAUUUGUAGGCCCCAUUAAAUCAAGAAAUUAAUUGUUUGAACAAUUUUCUAAAUCUAUGCUUGCCUGUAUCACAUGGACAAUGUCAAAGCAUUUGGCUUUACAUGUAAGUUAUGUGGAUGAUUGUUUUAUAAUAAAUGUGUAGCCUACA